AUGAGGACGGGUUUUCCGAACACCUGUGAAAACCUUGAUAUCGCACAAGAUCUGCGAAAGACCUACAAUAUCGACGUGGAGCUCAAUAGGUUAAAAGUCGAUAUUGCAGCUUUACAGGAGACCAGGAUUGAGGACGAAGGCUCUUUACGGGAAGCUCACUAUACUUUUUACUGGAAGGGCAAGAGUUCCACGGAAACACGGGAGCAUGGUGUAGGAUUUGCGGUCCGUAAUCAACUUAUUGAUGCUAUUGAGACACCAGUAGGUGUAUCUGAGCGCAUCAUGGUCUUGCGUCUUAAUACAAAAAGCGGCUAUGUCACCUUGAUCUCCGCUUAUGCACCGACGCUUCAUUCCACAUCCGAGGCCAAGGAUCAAUUCUACAACCAGCUUGAUGAAGUGCUCCGCGGGGUGCGUCCAUCCGACAGGCUACAUAUAUUGGGCGACUUCAAUGCUAGGGUCGGUCAGGAUAAUACUGACUGGCCUGAUUGCCUAGGUGCGCAUGGUGUCGGUAAGCUCAACGACAACGGACAACGAUUGUUGGAGUUCUGCUCUAAGUAUGAACUAUGCGUCACCAAUACAUUUUUUAAAGGGAAAUGGAUGCGAAAAGUCUCUUGGAUGCACCCCCGCUCAAAACACUGGCAUCAGUUGGACCUUGCACUUACUAGAAGAAGAGACCUGCGCGAAACACUUCACACGCGGACGUACCACAGCGCUGAUUGCGACACAGACCACAGUUUGGUUUCCACCAAGGUCCGACUAGUCCCAAAAAGGAUCCAUUCUGCUAAGCCUCUUGGCCGAAAGAGGAUUAAUCUUUUUAAGACCCGGGACCUGGAAGCAGUGGAAUUAUUCAGUGCUGCAGUACGUGACGAAAUUGCGAAUUGGGACAGUUCCGUAUCAGCGCAAGCCGAGUGGGAAAUGAUUAAGUCUCUUCUCACAGACGCCGCGGGGAGGGUUUUUGGUUAUCAAAAGGCAAGGUCUCACGACUGGAUGCUUGAAAAUGAGGAGCACUUACUUCCCCUUAUUAACUUGAAACGGCAAGCUCUCAUAAAUUUCCGCCUUAAUCCCUGUGAUUCUGCACGAGAAGAGCUCAAAAAGGCGAAAGCCUCACUCCAGCGCAGCUCUCGUUUUUAUGCAAACGCAUACUGGACAGAACUCUGCCAAGGAAUUCAGGCAAGCGCAGACGCAGGAAACAUGGGCGGUGUUUAUGAGGGUAUUAAGCGAGCUCUUGGACCUCCUACAAAAAAGACGGCCCCUCUAAAAGAAGCUGACGGCUCUGUCAUAACAAACAGCAGCCGUCAGAUGGCAAGAUGGGUGGAACAUUACACCGGGCUAUACUCGUGCCCAGUCGACAUUCAACCAGAAACUGCAGGAUUAAUGCCGACCCUGGACACUUGGCACGAGUUGGACUCCGCACCUACCGUAGAGGAACUUUACCUGGCCGUCAAGCAGCUAAAACAUGGCAAAAGUCCGGGCAAAGACGAAGUGUACACCGAAAUCGUCAAGUUGAAGUGCAUCCUUCCUGUCCUUCAUAACCACCUGACCAAAUGCUGGGAACAAGGCUGCGUGCCUCAGGAUAUGCGCGAUGCUAAUGUCGUCACUCUUUACAAAGGCAAAGGCGACCGCGGUGAUUGUAACAAUUACCGUGGAAUAUCCCUCCUCAGCAUAGUCGGCAAAGCUUUUGCUAGGGCUACCUUAGCCAAACUACAGAAGCUGGCUGACCGCGUAUAUCCAGAGGCACAAUGCGGUUUUCGGGCCCAACGGUCAACUGUCGAUAUGAUUUUUUCACUCAGACAGUUACAGGAAAAGUGUAGGGAGCAAAGCAGUCCUCUUAUCGUAGCAUUUGUCGAUCUCAACAAGGCAUUUGACACUGUGAGUAGAGAGGGGCUUUAUUCGGUUCUUGUCAAUAUCGGUUGCCCUCCAAAGCUCCUGAAGAUAGUGCAGUCAUUCCACGAGGGUAUGGAAGCCACAAUCCUUCACAACUGCGAAACAUCGGCUCCCUUCGACGUACGCCGUGGCGUUCGUCAAGGUUGUGUACUGGCACCUACUCUCUUCGGAAUAUUCUUUUCUGUACUCUUGAAGGUUGCUUUUGGAGAUGAUCUACAGGGGAUACACCUGUAUACAAGAGCCGAUGGUCAGAUGUACAAUCUUGCUAGGCUUAAGUCCAAACGACAUAGAAAGGACUUUUUUGUAGAUAGCCUUCUCUUUGCUGAUGACGCUGCUUUCGUCGCUCACAGUGAGUCUCAACUGCAGACCAUCAUGGACAAAUUUCAAAAAGCGUGCGACCUCUUUUCCAUGUCGGUUAAUGCCAAGAAGACCGUCAUACUAGCGCAAGGAUGUUCAGAACAGCCAACUAUCGUGCUUAACGGUGCACCUCUAGAGGUGAUCAGCAAGUUUUGCUACCUUGGCUCGCUUGUGUCGUGCAAUCUUUCGCUUGACGCGGAGAUCGACUCCCGCAUCGGCAAAGCGGCCACAACGUUCGGGAGGCUCCGUACAAGGGCUUGGGACAAUAAACAUCUCACGUGUGCUACUUUCCCGCACUAG